GCGUUACCUUGUUCUGUUUCCACUACCAAAGUAGGGAAUAGACCCUGUUUACUGUUUAAGCAGUCAUAACUUAACCCAGGGUGUUCAUUUAUUCUAUUUUCAAGAACAAAUGUGUCACAAUUUAACCGUAUAAAAAUGCUGAAGGGAGUUUUAUUAUUUUCUAGCUUUUAUGUAGUGAAUGUGGCAUGUUAUGGAAUAUUCGAAGAUUACAGAAACCAUCCAUGCAUCCGAAAAUGUGACAGUCACAUUUUGAUGAUUUGUGAGUACAACUUCACUGUGGAAUACUAUCACACAUUAUCCAAAGCCUGCUUCAACUGUCCUCAUAACGUCACAGAUUGUGCUCGUCCACACUGUGUGGCGGCGGACGGAACAAAACGGGGGAUAAUCACGGUGAACAGAAUGGUGCCUGGCCCCGGGAUCCAUAUAUGUGAAGGAGACACUAUAGUAGUUAAUGUACACAACAAAUUGGAAGGUUCUGAUGGACUGUCCAUCCACUGGCAUGGACUUCACCAAAGAAAUACACCACAUAUGGAUGGGGUCUCUAUGGUUACUCAAUGUGCAAUCCCAGCACACUCUUCAUUCCAAUACAAGUUCAAGCCAGACCAUCCAGGAACCUACUUUUGGCAUUCUCAUUCUGGGCUUCAGAGAAUGGAUGGGGUCUUUGGAGCUCUUGUAAUCCGUCAGUCGGAUGCCAACGAGCCUCAUCUUGGACUUUACGAUCAUGAUUUACCGGAACAUACUUUAAUUAUAAACGACUGGUUGGUGGAAUUAGCAAUCAAUCGAUUUGCAAAUCAUCAUCAUGCAGGAGGAGACAACAAACCCGCUUCUAUGCUCAUAAAUGGUAAAGGAGCAUUCCAGGAAUAUACAAAUCAACAUAACACUACAAUCUACACGCCUCGUGAGACAUUGAUGGUGGAUCAAGGCAAACGCUACAGGAUUCGUCUGAUAAGCAACGGUUUACUGAACUGUCCCAUCCAGUUCUCUAUAGACAAUCAUACCCUUAUAGUCAUGGCUACUGACGGUUUUCCCGUGCAGCCUAUCACGGUGGAAUCACUUAACGUGUUUGCUGGUGAACGAUAUGAUAUUGUACUCCAUACUACCCAGUCUAUUGACAAUUACUGGAUUCGAACACGUGGUGUUGCAGACUGUGGUAGGAAAAAGACACACCAAGAGGCCAUCCUUCGCUACCAAGGAGCUGCAGAGAGCCUGCCAGAUUUAUCUACAGGAUAUGACGCAGGGCAUCGCACAGGAAAGAAACUAAAUCCAUGGAACAAGGCGGAGACUGAGGACCUGAUUCAAGUAACAAGACUAGUAUCACUUCAUGAAACUGACGCGGCUCUAACCAAAAAACCUGAUAAAACCGUGUACAUGUCUAUGGAUUUCAAUAAAAUUGACAACUACCAUUUCCACGAUCCUGUACUGUACCCUAUCUCUGCAGUAGAGAGAUCGAAACACUUGUAUUUGCCCCAGAUCAACCAUAUAUCUACAGUUUUCCCUCCGGCACCACCCCUUACACAAUUUAUAGAUAUCCCCAAGGAAAUGAUGUGUGAUUCUAUGAAUAUGAACCGUAACUGCUCGUCUGAAUUUUGUGAAUGUGUCGACAUUAAAAAGGUCAAUCUCGGCGAUGUGGUAGAGUUUGUCAUAGUGGACGAAGGGAAGACCUUUGACGCCAAUCAUCCCAUGCAUUUACAUGGCUACAGUUACAGGGUGGUCGGUAUGGGAAAGAUUAACAUAAAUACAACCCUCCAAGAGGUGAAAGAGUUGGAUGCUGCAGGAAACAUUUCCAGAAAUCUUAAUAUGUCAGUGAAAAAGGACACAGUAACUGUCCCCGAUGGUGGAUACACCAUUCUCCGCAUACACGCUACGAAUCCAGGUUUCUGGUUUUUCCAUUGCCAUAUUGAUUUCCACGCCGAGAUAGGAAUGGGAAUACUCCUACAAGUGGGAGAAAUUAACCAGAUGCCAAAACCGCCAUUUAAUUUUCCAAAAUGUGGAAACUGGAAAUAUACUCCUCCUGUGGAGGAAGAGGCUAUAUGUCCUGUGAACAGUGUCAGAGGUCUACAAUAUACACCAAUGAUUGUGGCGUUUGUGAUCUAUAAAAACCUUUUAUAGAUGUUUUUACAAAAGAAAUUUUGUACAAAAUAAAUUCACGAGUUUGUAAAUGUACAAUCACAUGCUUUUUAAUGGAAUGUUUUCAUUUCUGACUUGUCAUUUGUUCCAAUAAUAUGGCAUUUAAAACAUAAAACAAAUGAACAUCUGAGUUUUGUUAACGAACUGAAAUAGCUCACUUUACGGAAAAAAUGAC